AUGUUUUUUUCUUUCUUUCUUCCUUUCUUUCUUAAUUUCUUUCUUUCUUUCUUCCUUUCAUUUCGCAUUCUUUCUUUCUUUCUUUCUUUCUUUCUUUCUUUCUUUCUUUCUUUCUUUCUAUCGAUUCAUUUUUCUUUCAUUUCGCAUUCUUUCUUUCUUUCUUUUUUUUCUUUCUUUCUUUCUUUCUUUCUUUUCUUGAUCCUUCUGUCUGGUAUUUUUAAUUUUUCUCCUUUAAUCUUUUCCAUUCUUUCUUUCUUUCUUUUUUUCUUUUUUCUCCAAUAUCUUCUAUUUUCUUUCUUUCUUUCUUUAUUUAUUUAUUCUUUCUUUCUUUCUUUCUUUCUUUCUUUCUUUCUUUUUUCUUUCUUUUUUUUUGCAUUCAUUUUGCAUUUUCGUCUCUCUGUUUGCCUUUUAUAUUCUCUUUCUUUUUUCCUUCCUUUCUUUCUUCUUUCUUUCUUUCAUUCUUUUUUUCUUUUCUCACUUUCAUUCUAUCGUUCAUUCUGUCUUUUUUUCUCUCUUUCUUCAUUUUGCGUUAAUUUUUGUAUUUUUUCUUUUUGCCUUUUUCCUCUCUUUCUUUCUUUCUUUCUUUCUCUCUUUCUUUCUUUCUCUCUUUCUUUCUCUCCCACGCCUGAAGCCUUCCCUUCUUUUGUAUUUUCCUUUUUCUUCUAA